AUGUCGUCCAGCAAGACCAUCUUCCCAAAGAUCGAAUGGGGUCGCCGAUGGUUCCCUUCCCUUGAUACUUGUCGCACCCACUAUGGAGUCACUCCCGACUGCACAGUUGUUUGGAACGACAAUGCCACGAAAAUAAUCGCCGUCGGUGACAAUCACCUAGGACAGUUCGAGGGCGAGGCGGAUAUAGCCGGUGUUGGUGUUAUCUAUGCCUUCAUCUUCAUCACCGGUGUUUCACUCAGUGCUACGUUCAUCCGUAAUCUUGAGAUGGGCUUCCUAUUAUUCAAGCAGCUAGUGAUCAAGGCAUACAAGUACACCCUGGCAUGUCGUUUGUUCGGCGGCAAGUGUCUAAAGCAUCGAAAAGAUAGGCAUCUGAGGGAUGAGGAGACACGGUUCAAAAAUUGGUGCCUACAUGCAGGCUGGUUCCCCGCGCUCAACACCAAACUCAACCUUAAAGAAUCCCAAGAUCCCAGCAAUGACAUCACCCUACCCCUAGAACCCGUCAUCUUCAGCUGCAGCGCGCAACAAAUCCUCCUCGGCCUGGCCUACCUCUUCGUGACCAUCGGUCCCCAAAGUUGCACCAUCUCCGCUUACCAUUAUAAUCUGAUUAACGACCUUCUCUCCGUCAGUACGGCCACACAUUUGUUAGCCCUCCUCUUGACAAGACAAUACCUGAAGGAGAACGCCCUAGCUUUCGUGCGCCUGUUGGUCUCAACGUUCAUUAUCACAGUGCAAAUGAUAUUCCUCCCACGACGAGGCGCAAUCUUUGGGGUUAUGAAAUUUCCGACAGACAUCACGCGCCACCCAGACUAUGCUGUCAUGUUUCGCGACAAGAACUUCAUGAUGGUGCCGCAGAUAUGUCUUCUCGAAGGCAGUAACUUGGACCGUUUCGGUCCAGGUUUUGAUGCCAACUUGAAGCAGUACAUCCAGUACAUCAACGUCACCAACCCCAGCCUGCUGGACACCCCGAGUUGGUGGGAUAACAGUGUGGAUGGCUGGGAAAUUGCGCAGACAGUAGCGUAUUUCAUUGCGGCCAUUGUGACAGUGGUGUUGCUGGCAUGGAGGUUGCUGGCGAGAUGGGAAUGGUUCAGCGAGAAAGUGCUGAAUGUAGACCCACAUACGAGCAGCAGGAGAAGACGGACGGCGUCGGAGUUGUUUAGGGAGGCUAAAGCAUAUGACUUACCGCUGGCGUGGAUGUUUGGGAAGUUCUGGCCCACGCAGUACUUUCCGGAUAUUUGUAUCCUGAUUUCGGCGGUUGUGCUCUGGUUGGACAUCAGGGCGAUUGAUAGAAAAAGAGAUUGGGUUCAAGGCAGUGGCUGGCUUUCUAAAGAUGACAACGGACGGAGCGAUGAGGACAAUUUCAUGACAUUCGGCCAGGUCCCACCCAUUAUAUUCACCGUCUUCACCGGCAUAGAAGUUCUCGUCGCUCUGAAAGAGUGUUGGAAACGGUGGCGCCGUCAUAAGCGUGGAAGUGAGUCUUCUGAUGAGGAUAACGCCGAGGAGCAGCUGCCCUUCGCCAGCCCUAAUCCUACCCAUAGCGAGUGUCGAGAGUAUCCGGAGGGAUACCACCCGAUCGGACAUAUGAAGAGUUUGAGCUUUACCACGACGGAGUCUAUACCAUUGCAGAUACGACAUGAUCGUCGGAAUAGGCCCUAA